AUGCCUAGUAUCCACAAAAUAGAAAGCAAGAAAAACAAUAAAACCGUGGACGGUGUAUCAGAGGCAAGUUGUGGGAUGGGAAGUGAGACAGUCAUGCGUCAAUCAUCUGAUAUAGAUGAAGAGCAAGGAAGGUCUAGGGCCUGCAAUCGCCGCAAAUGCUUCCUAUGUGCAAGAAUGAAAGAUUGUGUGACUUUAAUGAUGAAGGGAGAGAAAGGAAAAGAGGAAAAACACCAGGUCGUCGGAGUAGAAGACGGAACCUGCCAGACUCCUUUCGUCAUUUAUUGCAUUGCUUGCAAUAGUUGCAACCAUCAAUACAUUGGCAAGUCAAACGAUCCUCUCAGCAAGAGAAUGAGACAAUAUCAGACUCAACUUUCGUCAAAGGGGAGAAAAAGGAAAAUCGUUCCGGCAAAGCAGAAGACUUCAAAGAAGUCUAAGAAUGCCGGAGAAAAGGAAAGGAUUGAGGAGGAAGAGGAUACUGACGAGGCAAUGGAUGAAAGCGAAGAUGAAGCGGAGAACACUGAGAUGGAAGACGAGGCUGUGGAGACGUCGACAUCGACGAGUCAUUUGGAGAAUGUCAAGGGGAAGAAGGUAGUAAAAGGGGUUUUGGCCCACAUGAAAAUCUGUGCGACUGAUCAGUCGAAGCUUUGGGAAAAUCUGGAGGUCACCAUCUUGCAUGUCUCACAGGCAAAGUCUGACAGCUCAUUGGAUAUGCUGGAGACUGAAUACAUCAGAAAAACCACUUCCUUCAUCUCGUGUCGAACGGAUCUCGCCAUGAAUAACUGUCCCUUUUUUGAAGACCAAUAG